UGCUCAUCGCUGUUUCCGAUGCUCGCAGAGCGCGUGCAUUCGGUCUUACCGCAUUACCGCCACGCGCACAAUCAAACAAGCGCCUGUUUAAGCGACCAUCGAAUUUAUUCACUUCAACAGGAUUAAAAACACAGAUCAGAAAAAAGCUCAUCCGGAAUUCUGCUGAGGACCUGGCAAUAGGGUUACAUUCAAGAAUGGCAUUAAACUGACUAAGUGGCAGCAUGGACCUUUGGAUAUUUCCAUCCUCACUUCCAAACUUGUCAGAGCCUCUUAUGUAUGAGAGCUUUAUUCCUGGCAACGUUUCAGAUGAGAGCUUAAGGAAUGCCACUGACAACAGCUUCACCAAGACCGGCACAGUGGUCAUCACGUUUAUUUACUUCAUAGUUUGUGCUGUAGGGCUUUGUGGCAAUGCUCUGGUUAUUUAUGUCAUUUUGCGCUAUGCCAAAAUGAAGACUGUAACCAACAUCUACAUCCUUAAUUUGGCUGUGGCUGAUGUGCUUUUCAUGAUGAGCCUGCCCUUCAUUGCAAUCCAGUUAGCCCUGGUUCACUGGCCCUUUGGAGCAGUGUUGUGUCGUUUGGUCAUGACUGUGGACUCUCUCAAUCAGUUCACCAGCAUCUUCUGUUUGAUGGUCAUGAGCAUUGAUAGAUACUUGGCUGUGGUGCAUCCUAUCAAGUCCACCAAAUGGAGAAAGCCUCGACUGGCCAAGUUCAUUAACCUGGGGGUGUGGGGAGUUUCCUUGCUGGUCAACUUGCCAAUUAUCAUCUUUAGCAGCUUGAUCACCAAGCCAGGUGGUUGUUUCUGCACCAUUGUGUGGCCUGAGCCACAGGAGGCCUAUUACACAGCCUUCAUGUUCUACACUUUCUUUCUGGGCUUCUUUCUGCCUUUAAUGGUUAUUUGUAUGUGUUACUUACUCAUCAUUAUCAAAGUAAAAUCAUCUGGGAUACGGGUGAGCUCCUCCAAGCGGAAGCGCUCAGAAAGGAAGGUGACACGCAUGGUGUCUAUUGUGGUUGCUGUGUUUGUGUUUUGCUGGCUUCCAUUUUAUGUCUUUAAUGUGACAUCUGUAACUGGCACCAUUAGCACGACACCUAUCUUGAGGAGCACCUUUGCAUUUGUGGUAGUGCUGGGAUAUGCUAACAGCUGUGCCAAUCCCAUUCUCUAUGCCUUCUUGUCAGAGAAUUUCAAGAAGAGCUUCCAGAAUGUUCUGUGCCUGAAGAAAGUAGGUGGCCUGGAUGAGAUUGACAAUAGUGACAGUAGGCAAGACAAGACACGGAUGAACGCUAGUGAAACUCAGAGCACACUACUGAAUGGAGACCUGCAGACCAGCAUUUGAGAGAAAAUAACAAAACUCUUUAGACAUGCAUACGGUUAUGGACAACAGAUGGACAAAACAUUUUAGGGAAAAAAAAUAAAGUGGGGAAGAAGCCUGAUAAAUUGAACAGAUGAACAGAGGCAUCAACCAUUUUCACCAGUUCACAAAAGAAAAAGCAUGCCGUAUUUUUCCAGUAAUAGAUCAAGGAGAUUGAUUGAUGUCUUUAUUUAAAAAAAGAAACAUUUGUCUUACAUUUGUGAUAUACUGAACAUAUUAAAGUAUUGUUUUCCUGAAUUCACUGCAAAAUUCAAGUAAGAUGACCAUAAAGUUCUUCAGACUGCAGAGGGUCAUUAGAUACAAGAGGCGACAGCAAACACUCAAGUAAGUGUACCAUCUACCGUCAUGUGUUUCCUCCUUUUGACGAGUUUACCCAAAGGUAACAGUCCAGCACUCAUCUAUCUAUUUUAAUGGAACAAUCUCAUAUUCUUUUGAGAGCAAAAUGUUGGAUGUAGUUUGGGAAGUAUUCUAAAUGAAAAUUGAAUGAAAUUUUGCUAUAGCAAAAUGUUUUGCUAUUCUAAAUGAAAGCCUUUACAUUCUUUUUAUUGUAUUAUUGCCUUUUGGACUAUUAAAAAUUAAAGCUACCUGUCUGUGGCAUUGCCACUGAAUGUUUACUAUGAAUCCACAGAAGGUACCUGAAUGUCUAGAAUUAUGUAAUCCUUCCUUUCUGACAGGAUUAACAGUUUUGUAUUAUCCUUUUUUUUUUUUUUUGUAAAUAGUAUUGCUGAGACCUUUGUAAGGUACAUCAUUCAUGUGAAACCUUCCCUCUAUCAUCCAAAUGUAGCUUGCCUGUAAUAUUUAAUGGGAUAGCUGCUGGCUUAACACUAACCGAACUGCUGCUAUUGUGUAUAGAUUUCUGUUUAAUUCUGGAGAUUAUUGUCUCUGUUCUUGCCAUAACCUAUGUUUAAAAUGUACAACCUUCUCGAAAUUCCACUCACUGUUUCUUAUACUGUAUAACUACAAUUCGUAAAUAUAUUGUGCCAUUUAUUAGUUUCAUUUAUUAAAAGCAAGAUUUUCCUCUAUAUUACUUGCAUACAUUAGAACAAAAUCUAGUUUUGUUUAAUACCAUGAUGUGCCAGAUAAUACAGUACAAAUACAUAUCUUUGUGAGAUUGUUUUUCUAGGUGUAUAUUCUCCGGUCUAUAUAGAGAUGUCAAAUUGCAAAAGGGCUAUAACAUGUGUUAACUUGGGCAGUCAUGUUCCUUUAAAAAUCCUUGCAGAUUCUUUCACUGUUACUAUCCUGAGAAUUCAUCGCCUGCUAUGGUUCCUUGUAAAAAUGAGUAGCAGGAUAUUUGAGUGAUCACCCAUCUGCUUAAAAAGGUUGCUUGGUGUGCUUUUUCCUACGUUUGAACAUGUCAAUGUGUAAAGGUCCUAUGUUUGAAUAAAGUCUGUUUCUAGUGUUCACUCUAGUUCAUGUACUGCAAGAACAAAUGUAUUUAAAUCAGCAACAGCCCUUAUACUUGUAGACAUUUAGAAUGGAUAUCGUGCCCCAAACCUUUGCAGGCUCACUAUGCAAUUUAUCAGUGCUACAGUGCUACUACUGCAAAGAGAAGAGAAAGCUAUGUGACACUGUAUCAAUAAACAGAUCUUUUACAUUAUAAAUAUAGCUCCAUUAAUCUUAGGGAUGAACGUAGGAAAUGAUGGCAGUUGACUCUUCAUUUGUUAUUCUCUUCAGAGUGAAUGUGGGCAAACAUCGCCAUCUGGUGAGGGACACAAUAUUUGUUGACCCCUUGAUAACAUAACGUUAUUAACAAUGUAGUAUGAUGUGGCAAACAUUAAGAUGACCUCUUUCUUCUAUUAUCAUUGCCAGUCAGUGACUGAGUUUGAAUACUUACAAAUGACUCACUGACUAAGUUAUUCUGUUUUGUUUUAGUGCUUUUAUUUUAGAUACAUCUAACCAAAUAUAUAGCAUGUGUAUGCUAUUGUAAAUGGAAAUGAUUAACAUUAACAAACUUCCUACUGAAGAUGUUGUUUGUGCUAGUUCAGUGUCUUCUUGGAAGCAAAACUCUCUCAUUAUAUAUACUUUCAAUCUUAUCUUGCUUUAUGCCUUUUGUUGACUAUCUUCAGCAUCCAAAAUAAAAGAUUAAAGGAUUAGAUAAGUGUUCAAUAUAAACGAGCAAAUCCAGACGCCUUUCUUUCUUGUCACACACCAUCUGCACCACCAACGUCUAUGGUGUAUUCACAGGAGGGUUGGCCUGAGCAAGUCUUUUAAUUCCUGACCACAAGCUUAUAAUUCUCAACAAUAUACUCUCAACAAAACGUAAUGGCAUUCUAAUCACAGGUUG